AUGACGACCUCAAUGCAAACAGAAACGAUACCUCCUACAACAACAGGAACGACUUCGCCUACAACUCCGGCAUGGAAUGAAAGUGAUUAUCAAUCCAACAGUGAAUACUAUGAGUCAUUAAGUACACGUAAUUUUAAUCAAUCGGACAAUCUUCGUUUGGAUCGUUUGUCAUCGCCUCAGUUUCAUCCAAUUGAUGGAAGAAGUAUAAUCUAUUUAAGACGGCAGUCUCAUAUGCCUGAUUUACGUGGAUCAACAACAACUUUGCAUUGGCUCGAUUUAACAACAAACACAUCUUCUGUCCAAUUGACGCGACCUAUUUGGGGUAUUCAUGAUCAACAAUUCUUUUGGGUCGACAGUAAUACGAUUCUCUUCUUGUCUAACCGAGCAUCAUCAGGUCUUAGUCAAAUUUUUCAACUGAAUCUUCCUGCGAAUUUAUCAACGAGAACAACUUUCAUUGAACCGAUUCAAAUAACAAAUUAUCCGUUAAAUAUCGAUAAUCUAUUGGUUAAUCGACAAGCUUCACGUCUGGCAUUCAGCUGUCAAGUCUAUCCAAACUUAACGAUCGAGCAAACAGUUGCUCGACAAGCAGCCGAGAAAGCUAGUGGUCGGACGAUUUAUCAAUUUGAUAAGCUAUUCAUUCGACAUUGGGAUGAGUAUAGGACAGGUCCACGGCACCAUCCAUUUGUUGCUUCGAUCAGACGAGAAAGCAAUGAAAUAUUCAACUUUUCAUCGAACCUGAUUGAUGUACUUUUUACUGUGGACAGUGAUUCACCAACACGACCUUUCGGUGAUGCUCACGCUCAAUGGUCAUUUAGUGCAUCUGGUAAUUCGUUUGCAUUCACUCGACAACACGAUGAAACGAGUGCAGUAGCUUGGUCAACCAAUUUAGACAUAUAUACACUUGAUUUGAGUACACCUGGACAAUCUAUUGAUUGUAUUACAUGCGACAACGAUGCAACCGAUACGGAUCCAUCUUAUUCACCAACAGAUGAUAGUAUAUUGGUCUAUCGAUCACAUACAGUUCCAGGAUACGAGUCUGAUCAAUACAAAAUUAAAGUGUACAAUAGAUCGAAUACGAAAAUAACUCUGCUCGACGAUUGGGAUCGAAGUAUUCAAGCUGUGACAUGGUCUUCCGACGGUCAAUCUCUUUAUCUUGAAAUCGGCGAAGAAGCAAGUAAUGUUAUCUAUCAUUUAUCCGAUAUAUUUACGAAUCAAUCGGUUAUUCGUCUUAUUGACAACGGUACUGCGCGCGCUGUUAACCCUCAUCCGGUUGACAAUGAAAAAUUUGUCUUCACUCAUGGAAGUAUUCUCAAGCCAACCAACAUCUAUCUGUAUUCGUCAAAUGCACCGAUUCAACCCCUUACUGAACAUAACAAUGUUCUAUUGUCUAAAGUAAUUAUAAGUACUACGGCCGAGAAAUUCUCAUUUACAGGUGCUCUCAAUGAGACCGUUUGGGGAUGGCAUGUGCCCCCAGUGAAUGGCACACCCACUCCAGCUCCACUUGCUUUUCUUAUUCAUGGUGGUCCGCAAAAUAGUUGGUACGAUAGUUGGGGUUCUGGAUGGAAUUUUCAAUCCUUUUCUUCACAAGGCUAUGCUGUCAUUGCCAUCAACUUUCACGGCUCCGAUUCGUACGGACAAAAUUUUACAGACAGUAUCACAGGUGAAUAUGGUUCUUGGCCUUAUGAAGAUCUUAAGUUGGGACUCGAUUAUGCUCUGGAAAAUUUUUCUUAUAUUGAUCCGAACCGAAUGGUAGCAUUAGGUGCUAGCUAUGGAGGAUAUAUGAUCAACUGGAUUGCUGGACAGCCUGAAAUGAGUCGUCGUUUCAAAACGCUCAUCAAUCAUAAUGGUUUAUUUGAUAUGAGAGCUAUGGGUUAUUCCACAGAAGAGCUAUGGUUCACUGAACAUGAUGCAGGUGGUUUCACUCCAUAUGAAAAUCCAGAGGCUUACGAACGUUGGAAUCCAGUCAAUCAUGUUGCAAAUUGGACUCAGCCAAUGUUAAUAAUUGUUGGUGCUCAUGACUAUCGUGUACCAGAGACACAAGGAAUUGGUGCCUUUACAGCGUUGCAGCGUCUUAAUAUCACAAGUCGAUUACUCUAUUUUCCCACUGAGAACCAUUGGGUACUAAACCCAUUGCAUUCUGUUGCCUGGUUUGAGCAUGUCCUUGGUUGGAUGGAUAGAUGGACAAGCUAG